AUGAAACCGUUGGUAUUUUUGUAUCGAAAGCAACGCUCAUGGCUGAAUGGAUAAACUUUAGCUUGGAAUGUACAGGGUGCGACAAGUAUACCGAAUUUGUGGGUACACCCUCUACGUUACUUAUAUUUCACAUAUCCCAACCCUCGUUUUAACGCAACGUGUUCUUUAGUUGAAUAAAAAAGAAAGAAAAUUGUGUCAAGGUAGGGAGCGAAUCAUGGAGUAAGAAUUUCAAAGAAAAUUGUCACCGUCAUUGGUUUUUAUUUUUACAUUCGUUAUUCAGGAUAUCCCUACACGAGUUUCAGACUUUCGAAAAACGUCAAGCUGUUAUUCUCGGUGACAUUCCAUUAACGUGAAAAACGUACGAUGCUUAAAAUAAUUUUUAUUAAAUUCUGAAUUCAAAGAAAGGCCACGUUUUGUUUAUUUAACAAUAGAGAAUCACGAUUGUAUUUUUAUUACAUCAGAUAUUACAUUGGCAAUUUUCCAGUAUUUUGCACUUAGUUCUGCAGUUGGACCAAAUCCUAAUUCUCAGUUAUAAAAAUGCUAUCAAGCCAUAUAUGUUGGAUCUAAGUAGUUACUUUGUAACUCUAAUGCAAAUUCUUUAUGGAUAUAUAUCUAUCUCUCGUUUCACGAACCUACAGGCUAACGAAAAAAACUCGUUUAUCUCGUUGGCAACAACUUGAUAAACGAGAUUAAUUGUAAUGGAGGGUGGUUGGUAUUUGGUGUUUAAGGUGGUUCACUGUCGGAGCAAUCUCCACGUGCUGUGACCUAGUAAUCGAUACUGUUCUUUAAACAUUUAGUAGGAGGUAGUCUUCAGACGGCGAUAUCGAAAGUUAUUUUUGAAUAUUUUCCUCUGCAGUAAUUUUUUACUUAUCAACCCCUGCGAUCCGUCAACCAUUUGGACCCAACGCGGUUACUAAGAUCACCGUUUUGAAUUGUAGAGUGCGCAGCGAAACAGCUGACGGAAAUGAGAUUUUGAUUGAACCAUUCGUCGAUAACGUAGGAUGAAAAAUACGCAUGGUAGUUCUUUAGGUUUCCGGCUGUCAUCGUAGACAGAUAUAACAUGUAAGUUACGGUACGAGUAUGCUACUUUGCAGCAAUAAUCAUCAGAAAAUGUUCGUACGUUAAAAAGUAACCUGCUUGUUAAAUGAUCCUGUGUAUUAAUAGCAAAUCAGUUUCUACGUCUCAUAUAAAACAUUUGAAUCGUAUGAACAUGCCUUAACCGAACUCACGAAAAGCUCACAUGUUAGAACGCGGAGCUGUCAUUCUGGGAUAGUAAACAGAAAGCGAAUUUCAUCGUUCGAUUAAUUGAACGAUUAAAAAUGUCCGUGACCGAGGAAAGAAUUCAAGAAUUAAACAGACGGUUUCUGGAAUUUAUGAACAAAAGUGAAAAUGUGGAAUCAGCGACGAAAGAGAUCUAUGAAGAUCUUUUGGAUGAGGUUUUAAUGGGGUUUGUUUUCGACGUGCAUCGUACUACAAAAACUGGUAGCUCAGAUGUUGAGGAGGGUAUACCUGAUGACGAAUCGUAUGCUAUCGUAGAUUCCCCGGGAUUGGAUGUUUUUGGUCAGCAUCCUGUGAAAAAAUCUCAGGAAUGUAACUGUCCAAAUUGUGACAGAGGAGUGGCAGCUUGUCGCUUUGCUACUCAUUUAGAAAAAUGCAUGGGUAUGGGUAGAAACAGUUCAAGGAUUGCAUCAAGGCGUAUAGCAAAUAAUUCAAAGGAUUUAAGUAAUUUUAGCGGUGGUAUAAGCGACGACGACGACGAUGUCGAUUGGAGUUUAAAUAAUGAUAAACGUAAACGUCGAAAAGAUCGUAAUGGUAUAAAAAGGACAAAACAGCAAAAGAAUAAUCAAAGAAAUGGAGAAAGUAUUAACGAGCAUAUUCACAGUAGCAAUGAAAAUUCUCCAUCAAAUUAUGAAAACAUGUCUUUAGAAGAUAAAAGGAUUUUGUUAACUCAGAUUUGUGGUGUAAUAUCUGAACAUACCAAAAAAUUAUGUACAAGAUCUAUGCGCUGUCCGCAACAUACAGAAGAUCAAAGAAAAGAAAUGAGAGCAAAUUUAGAAUCUGGAAAUACUACACAGAGUGGCCAAGAUAAUCUUCAUGUGGAUGUAGAUACCUAUGAAGAGGGAGAUGGACAGAACUUAAGGGAAGCUUUGGCACGUUGGGAUCGCGAAGGAUCCAGUCAUUCGAGCCCAGCAGAUUCUACGUCCACAACGUCGACAUCUUCGAUAAGUAGAAAACGGGAAACAAAAACGAAAGGCAAAGGUAAAGGUUCUAAACGUGACCGUGGAUCACCCAUUUCUCAAGGAGAUUAAAAUAGUAUAUGUAACUUAUUUUUUAGUAAUAAGAACUUUCUAACAGGGAAAAUUAUGUAAUAAUAAUGUUCCUAUGCAUUGUACAAAGCUUCAAGAAUACACAUUAUUUAACCUGAAA